AUGCAGACGGCGAACCUGAUGAAGACGUGCAUGGCCAAUCGUGGAGCUGCUCACGCCGGCACCAAGCGAAGGGCGGAUGAGUCAAGUCUCCACGACUCCGAUCGUUUCACCAAAAGAUUCAACCUCUUGAGUCUCGGUGAGUCUAUCAACAUAUCGCACAUUGUCCGGAAUGUCUCUGACCAUCAUCCUACAGAGCCGAAUGGCAACAGUAACUACUACAUCCCGCUGUCGAAGCCGGAUCCUCUGGCCAAAGCGCCGGCCAAUGCGACCGACGCGACCACCAGCUUGGAAUCGCCGGCAACAGGCGACGAUGAGUUGAUGCAGGUAGACGAGACCCGCGAUCGCGUGUACAUCCACAACCUGGACGACGAGCUCGCCGGCAUCGAAUCCGACGAGGAGAAGCUCAUCUUCCUCCCGGACAUCGAGAAGCGCUUGAGCCGAAUACCACAGCAGCUGCUCACGGGUCGCAAAGAUGAUGAUCAUGAAGGCCAAGAGCUCGUGCUAUAUAAUGUGCCCAAGUCUCUGACAAUGGACGAAGGGCAUGAUUCGGUGAGGAAGGCGAUACUGGAGACGCGGCAGAGGGCCAGGCAAAAGGCAGCUGAGGAGGCGAGACAUCAUGAUAUGAACUGCAAAUACGCCAAGAGCGAGCAAAACGAGGUGAUUGAGACAGCCCAUGGAUAUAGCACGGGAUACGAAGGGGCAGAUGCGGUGGAAGACGACCCGGAUGCCAUGGACAUGGAUUGA